UGCUUGUCUCUCUCUUUUUUUUUUCAUCACUUUCACUAAACGUUUUUUCUUGAAAAUGGACUCAAAAGCUGGGAAACAAAAGAAGAGAAGUGUUGACUCGGAUGAUGUCUCUAGCGAAAGGAGACCAAAGCGAGCAGCAGCAUGCACAAACUUCAAGGAGAAAUCUUUCCGUAUCUCUGAGAAAUCUGCAACUGUUGAAGCCAAGAAAGAGCAGAUCGUGGCGGAGGAGAUCGUGGCGAUACAGUUAACUUCUUCUUUGGAGAGCAAUGAUGAUCAACCUCGUCCAAACCGGAGGCUUACUGAUUUUGUUUUACUUGAUUCAAAUGGAGUUUUACAGCCUGUGGAGAUGUUGGAACUUGGUGACAUUUUUAUUGAAGGUGUUGUCUUACCUUUAGGUGAUGACAAAAAAGAAGAAAACGGUGUGAGGUUUCAAUCUUUUGGUCGAGUAGAGAAUUGGAAUAUAUCUGGUUAUGAAGAUGGUUCCCCGGUGAUAUGGAUCUCAACCGCGUUAGCCGAUUACGAUUGUCGUAAACCUGCUAAGAGCUACAAGAAGAUAUACGAUUUUUUCUUUGAGAAAGCUUGUGCUUGUGUGGAGGUAUUUAAGAAUUUGUCCACGAAUCCUGAUACAAGUCUUGAUGAGCUUCUUGCGGGGGUUGCAAGGUCGAUGAUCGGAAGCAAGUUCUUUUCUAGCGGUGCAGCCAUCCAAGAGUUUGUUAUAUCCCAAGGAGAAUUCAUAUAUAACCAACUCGCUGGUUUGGAUGAGACAGCCAAUAAUCAUGAAACAAGCUUUGUUGAGAAUCCUGUUCUUGUUUCUCUAAGAGAUUAUGAGAGUAGUAAACUUCACAAGGAUUUGUGUAAUGUGACUCUGGGGAUUGAUGAGAGCAAGGCCGUGACAUCUGAUCAACUAAUGGAUGGUGCUGAGUACGAGGACGUAAAAUUUGCUAAGCUAAUCCAAGAAGAAGAGUUUCGGAUAUCUAUGGAGCAGUCGAGAAAUAAGAGAAGCUCAACAACUUCUUCUUCAAAAAAGUUUUACAUUAAGAUUAAUGAAGAUGAGAUUGCCCAUGAUUAUCCUCUCCCAUCUUACUACAAGAACACCAAAGAAGAAACAGAUGAGCUUCUACUCUUUGAAGUUGGCUAUGAGGUUGAUGCAAGGGACCUACCUUAUAGAACACUUCACAAUUGGGCAUUGUACAACUCCGAUUCACGUUUCAUAUCUCUCGAGCUUCUCCCGAUGAAGCAAUGUGAUGAAAUCGAUGUCACCGUCUUUGGGUCAGGUGUGGUGGCCGAAGAUGAUGGAAGCGGGUUUUGUCUAGAUGAUUCAGAGAGCUCUACGCAGUCAAAUGAUCCUGAUGGGAUGAGCAUAUUCCUUAGUCAAAUAAAGGAAUGGGUGAUUGAGUUUGGGGCAGAAAUGGUUUUUGUUACAUUACGAACAGAUAUGGCCUGGUAUCGACUUGGAAAACCGUCAAAGAAAUAUGCUCCUUGGUUUGCAACUGUUAUGAAAACAGUAAGGGUUGCGAUAAGCAUCUUCAAUAUGCUCAUGAUGGAGAGUAGGAUUGCUAAGCUUUCGUAUGGAGAUGUCAUAAAAAGACUCUGUGGGUUAGAGGAGAAUGAUAAAGCUUACAUUUCUUCUGAUAUCUUGGAUGUUGAAAGAUAUGUGGUCGUCCAUGGACAGAUUAUCUUGCAGCUUUUCGAAGAGUAUCCCGACAAGGAUAUCAAAAGGUGUCCGUUUGUUGCUGGUCUUGCAAGUAGAAUGCAAGAUAGGCACCACACGAAAUGGAUCAUCAAGAAGAAGAAAUUUUUGCAAAAGGGAAUGAAUUUGAAUCCGAGGAGAGGCAUGGCACCUGUGGUAUCCAGGAAGAAAGCUAUGCAAGCAACAACAACUCGCCUCGUCAAUAGAAUUUGGGGAGAGUUUUACUCCAUUUACUCUCCGGAGGAUUCAUUGGAGGCGAUUGAUGAAGAUGUGGAAGAAGAGGAGCUUGAAGAUGUCGAAGAAGAGGACGAGGAUGAGGAAGAUGAUACAGAGGAGAAAGUACUAGAAGCUGUCGAGGUUCAGAAGUCUCACAUUCCUAAGAAAAGUAAAGCUAGUUCUGAAGAUAUGAAAAUAGAAUGGGAUGGUUUAAUUCUUGGAAAAACAUCUACUGGUGAGCCUCUAUAUGGAAGAGCGCUUGUUGGAGGGAAUGUGGUGGGGGUAGGUAGUGUUGUCAUCUUAGAAGUUGAUGAUCCAGAUGAAACUCCGGCGAUUUAUUUUGUGGAGUUCAUGUUCGAGAGUUCAGAUCACUGCAAGAUGCUACAUGGUAAAUUCUUGCAAAGAGGAUCAGAGACUGUUCUUGGGAAUGCUGCUAACGAGAGGGAACUAUUCCUGACUAAUGAAUGCAUUACUGUUCAGCUUAAGGACAUAAAAGGAACAGUUAUUCUCGAGAUUCGGUCAAGGCCGUGGGGGCAUCAGUAUAGAAAAGAGAACAUUGUUGUGGAUAAGCUUGAUAGGGCAAGGGCAGAAGAAAGAAAAGCUAAAGAUUUGCCAACAGAAUACUACUGCAAAAGCUUGUACUCACCUGAGAGAGGUGGAUUCUUUAGUCUUCCAAGAAGUGAUAUGGGUCUUGGUUCUGGAUUCUGUAAUUCAUGUAAGAUAAGAAAGGAUGAAGAGGAAAGGUCCAAAACUAAACUCAAUGAAUCAAAGAAAGGAUUUCUCUCCAAUGAGAUAGAGUAUUCUGCGGAGGAUUUCGUUUAUGUAAUCCCCAACUACAUAAAUGAAGACGGAUUGAAUACCGGUAAAAGAAGGCCAAGUUUUAAGUAUAGUCAGAACGUUGGGCUACAAGCUUUUGUGGUUUGCCAGUUACUGGAUAUUAUUGUCCUAACGGAACCCAAAAAAGGUAGUAAGGCUUCUUUUGAGGUUAACCUGAGAAGGUUUUAUAGACCUGAGGAUAUCUCUGCAGAGAAGGCCUAUGCUUCUGACAUCCAAGAGUUGUAUCAUAGCGAGGACACAUACGUUCUCCCUCCAGAGGCUAUAAAGGGAAAAUGUGAAGUAAGGAAGAAAACUGAUAUGCCCUUACGUCGUGAAUAUCCAGUAUUAGACCAUAUCUUCUUCUGUGAACUUUUCUAUGACUCCUCUAAUGGUUAUCUCAAGCAGUUGCCUUCCAAUAUGAAGAUGAAGUUCUCUACUAUUAAAGACGACAAACUUCUAAGAGAAAAGAAGGGGAAAGGAGUAGAGAGUAAAACUGACUCGGUGAUGAUUGUGAAGCCUGAUGAGGUACCGAAAGAGAUGCGUCUAGCUACACUAGAUAUUUUUGCUGGAUGUGGUGGCCUGGCUUAUGGACUAGAAAAGGCGGGUGUAUCGGAUACCAAGUGGGCGAUCGAGUAUGAAGAGCCAGCUGGGCAAGCUUUUAAACAAAACCAUCCUGAUGCAACGGUUUUUGUUGACAACUGCAAUGUGAUUCUCAGGGCUAUAAUGGAGAAAUGUGGAGAUGUCGAUGAUUGUGUCUCUACUGUGGAGGCAGCUGAACUUGCAGCUAAGCUUGAUGAGAACCAGAAGAGUACUCUGCCACUGCCUGGUCAAGUGGAUUUCAUCAAUGGAGGGCCUCCAUGCCAAGGGUUUUCUGGUAUGAACAGGUUCUGUGACCGCUCUUGGAGUAAAGUCCAAUGUGAAAUGAUAUUAGCAUUCUUGUCUUUUGCUGAUUAUUUCCAGCCAAAGUAUUUUCUUCUCGAGAACGUGAAGAAAAUUGUAUCUUUCAAUAACGGGCAAACAUUUCAACUUACUAUCGCUUCUCUUCUUGAAAUGGGUUACCAGGUAAGAUUUGGACUCUUGGAGGCAGGAGCAUUUGGAAUAUCUCAACCUCGUAAAAGAGCUUUCAUUUGGGCAGCUUCACCAAACGAAGUUCUUCCAGAAUGGCCUGAGCCAAUGCAUGUCUUUAAUAAUCCAGGUUUUAAAAUCCCACUAUCUCGAGGUUUGCAUUAUGCGGCUGUUCAAAAUACUAAAUUUGGUGCACCUUUCCGUUCAAUUACGGUGAGAGACACAAUUGGCGAUCUUCCACCGGUAGAAAAUGGAGAAUCUGAGAUAAAUAAAAAUUAUGAAGAUGUUCCAGUUUCGUGGUUCCAAAAGGAGAUGAGAGGAAACAUGAUUGUUCUCACUGAUCAUAUUUGUAAGAAGAUGAACGAACUAAAUCUCCUUCGCUGUAAGAAAGUCCCUAAGAGGCCAGGUGCGUAUUGGCGUGACCUGCCGGACGAAAACGUGAAAUUAUCAAAUGGGCUUGUGGAAAAAUUGAUUCCAAUUGCUAUGUCAAACAAAGCUAAGGAGCCCAACCGUUAUAAAGGACUCUAUGGUAGAUUGGACUGGCAAGGCAACUUUCCCACUUCCAUCACUGAUCCUCAGCCCAUGGGUUUUGUGGGAGUGUGCUUCCAUCCUGACCAGGACAGAAUUAUCACUAUCCGUGAAUGCGCCCGAUCUCAGGGGUUUCCGGAUAGCUAUGAGUUUUCAGGGAAGAAAAAAGACAAACAUAGGCAGAUUGGGAAUGCAGUCCCUCCACCAUUGGCGUUUGCUCUCGGUCGGAAGCUCAAAGAAGCCCUACAUCUCAAGUACUAAUGUUAUCAUGGGAUAGUUAGACUAGAGCACCAGAGACAAUAAUAAUUCGAAAAGCUU